AACCUCAAUCCGUAAAUAAUUUCUAUCAAAAUCCUGCCUUGACACUGUCAUUGUAUCAGAAAGAAACAUUACGUCAAGAUGGCGCUCCAACACCCAAAGCAUCCCCCAAACGGCACAACACCACCAUGGACGCAAUCCCACAACCGCGACGAAACUGCAAUCGGCUUCCUCGACCUCCCGCGUGAACUCCGCGACCUAGUCUACGACUUCGCCUUCCGCAUCCAAGGCGCCCUCCUCAUCUACACACGUGACCCGACAGCCGCGCGGCUCGUCGCCCGGGCAAUGAACAUCCAGCACGCCGGCCGCGGCCCCAGCGCCCCGCAACCCCUUGUCAACGGCGCGCUCCCCGUCGCCCUACUACGCACGUGCCGCCAGCUCAAUGCCGAAAGCAGUCCUAUCUUGUACUCUGCCAAUGUUUUUUCCUCGUGGAACGCCCGCUUGCUGGAACUUAGUCUUGCGCACAGGAAUUUACUCGUCCGCCAUAUCGUCAUGGAGGCGAGUCCGAGGGGCAUUUUUGAUAAGAGUCUUGAACAUGUCGAGUAUUGUUGGAAAAAUAGGUUUUGGCCUGAGAUUCUGAAGAGUGGGAAGGCGUUGCUGGAUUACUUUCCGAAUCUUGAAUCUUUGACUUUUUCGCUGAAGCCGCCGAGGGGGGAUGAGCUUUGGCGGCCUGGGUUCUUUGCUGUAGGGGGCAAUAAGACGAGGGAGCAGCGGGUCGGGAUUGUGGCGCUGUGGAUGAGUCUGGGGUGCUGUUGGGCCGAUGCCGAUCAGGGAUUGAAGGCAUGUUUGCAUUUGGAGAUGGGGAGGCAGCCUGCGAGGAUUGGGAGGGACGAGUUUGUGGGAUCGAAGUUUGCGCCUGAAGAGGAGGAGGAUGAUGGGGUAUGGGAUUAUACUGAGUUUGCGGAUGCGUUUGAUAGGAUGAAGGGGUUUUGAUUCAGUGGAAGGUUAGGAAGGGGUUGGAUUUUUUGGUAUCUAAAAGUUAUAAUCUUUGAGGUUGUACUAGUUUUUGGUAUUUCUUUCCAGUGUGUAUUGGUACAGCAAGGGGUUUUUUUGGAAUUUCAAUAGCUCUCCAGUAGAAAGUUCAAGCAAGUUCGCUUCGUAUUGAAUCUUGAGAGCUCAUGGCUGCG